AUGGCUUCUCAUCUAAAAGGUGUUGCAAAAGCAACCAUGACAGACCAAAUACGCAAAGAGUUAUGUGAGUACAAAAGAGAUCAUACCAAAUGUACUCAAAAAGAGUUGCAAUUGUGGAUUCAAGAAAAAUUUCAAAUUCAAGUUAGCCAAGGUACAAUCUCAAACACACUCAAAAGAUCAGAUGAAUAUCUUUCCACCAAUCUGGAAUCCAGAAAAGAUAUCAAACGUCACAAACCAGCAAAAUAUCCAGAGAUGGAGAAAGUUCUUUUUGAAUGGUUUCUUCAAUACCAAGAUCGUGUGAAUAUGACCGGAGAACUAAUUUUAGAGAAGGCAAAAGUGACUAUGAAACUUGUAUACCCGGAACAAGAUUUUGAGCACCAAUUUUCUCAAGGCUGGCUUGAAAAAUUCAAAUUACGACACGGUAUCAAGUCGUUUCGUCGGUUUGGAGAAAGCGGUUCAGUUGAUGUUGAAGACAUGGAAAAGAAGCUGGAAGCUAUAAGAGGAAAAAUAGAUAAGUUUUCUAAGAAAGAUGUUUUUAAUAUGGAUGAAACUGGUUUGUUUUAUAGGUUACAAGCUGAUCAUUCUCUUGCUACAAAACAACUUGAAGGCAAAAAACAAGACAAAGAAAGAUUAACUCCGCGCUGCUUCAAGAAUGUCAACAUGAAUAGCUUGAAUUGUCAUUAUCGAGCCAACAAAAGAGCUUGGAUGACAAGUGUUAUUUUUGAAGAAUAUAUUCGCUGGUUUGAUCAGAUAAUGCAUGGUAGAAGGGUUUUGUUUGUGGUAGAUAAUUGCCCAGCACAUCCAAGAAAUAUUGAAGGAUUACAUAAUGUUGAGUUGUUUUUCUUGCCACCUAACAUGACGUCAAAAAUCCAACCUUGUGAUGCUGGAAUAAUAAGAGCUUUUAAAAUGCAUUAUCGAAGGAGAUUUUACCGUGAGGUUUUAGAAGGAUAUGAGUUGGGACAAUCUGAUCCAGCUAAGAUCAAUGUUUUGCAUGCUAUCAAUUUUGCGGUCUCUGCUUGGACAACUAAUGUUCAUGGAGAGACAAUAGCAAAUUGUUUUCGACAUUGUAAAAUUCGUUCAAGGGAUGCCGUAUCAAGGAAUUCAGAAGAGGAAUCAGUUUGUGAAGAUGGUAUGCAGGAACUUGAAGUGGUGAUUAAUAAUCUUAGUUAUCGAAAUAAAAUGGAUGUCAAUAGUCUACUCGACUAUCCAGGUGAAAAUGAUGCAUGCUCAGAAGUUCAGAGUUUAGAAGAGAUUGUGGUUUCUGUCAUUAAUGUUGAUGAAGAAGCUGAAGACGAUAAUGUGGAACCUUUGGAACCAAUUACACGUAAGAAAGCAAUUAUCGCGUCUAGAACUCUUCACAACUUUUGGAUGCAAAUCGAGAAGACAACACCAGGAGUUUUUGAUGCAAUAAGGAAAAUCAGAGAUGAACUCCAACGAGAUUCCAACUUUAAGAAAAGACAAACAACACUAGAUUCAUAUUUUACAAAAUUGUCUUAG